GUUCAACAAAAAAAAAACAAUCUCUUCCUUUUAUUCGUUUUUUUUUUGUGGUUUUCCAAGUGUCAUCGAAAUAGAUCCAGGAUCUCUCUCAAUCUAGAUGAUGCUGCGCAAUAGCCUUAACUUGGCCAAUGGAUUACGCAACGGCUUCGCCAGCAAUGCCUGGCGAGCUGUUAGCUCUCAUGGUCCCAGACAGCCACUGGUUUCGCCUGAGAAACGCCUGGAGAGAUCUCAUCCCACAUUCACGGAACGUAGUCAGUUAAAAUAUGCUCGACGUUUGGUUGUGAAACUGGGAAGUGCUGUGAUAACACGUGAGGACAAUCAUGGAUUGGCUCUGGGACGAUUGGCAUCAAUUGUGGAGCAGGUAGCCGAAUGUCAUUUAGAGGGACGCGAAGUUAUGAUGGUCACCAGCGGCGCUGUAGCAUUUGGAAAACAGAAACUGGCACAGGAGCUGCUCAUGUCCCUUUCCAUGCGUGAGACUCUUAAUCCCAAGGACAGCAAAGAGUUCGAUGGCGCCACACUGGAACCACGUGCGGCUGCUGCGGUGGGUCAGUCGGGUCUUAUGUCUCUCUAUGAUGCUAUGUUUGCCCAAUAUGGCGUCAAGAUUGCACAGGUGCUUGUUACCAAACCGGAUUUCUACAAUGAGGAAACACGCAACAAUCUCUUCUGCACGCUCUCCGAAUUAAUUAGCCUAAAUAUUGUGCCAAUCAUAAAUACGAACGAUGCCGUUUCGCCACCAAUGUUUAUACGUGACGAUGAGCCAGCCGGUGGUGCGAGAAGGGGUAUACCCAUUAAGGACAACGACAGUUUGUCGGCCAUGUUGGCCGCUGAAGUACAAGCGGAUUUACUAAUCCUUAUGUCGGAUGUCGAUGGCAUUUACAAUAAGCCACCAUGGGAAGAUGGUGCCAAGCUCAUGCACACCUACACAAGCGACGAUAGCAACAGCAUUGAAUUUGGAAAAAAGUCAAAGGUGGGCACUGGCGGCAUGGACUCCAAAGUGAAAGCAGCCACUUGGGCAUUAGAUCGUGGUGUCAGCGUUGUAAUUUGCAAUGGUAUGCAGGAGAAGGCCAUUAAGACAAUAAUUGGCGGUAGAAAGGUUGGAACAUUCUUUACCGAGGCAACGGAAAGUGCCAAUUCAGUGCCCGUCGAAGUGAUGGCCGAGAACGCUCGUACUGGGAGCCGUCAAAUGCAGGCACUGACUGCCGGCCAACGUGCCAGCGCUGUUAACACAUUGGCCGAUCUUUUGGUUAGUCGCGAGAAAUUCAUACUCGAUGCCAAUGCCAAGGAUUUGGCUGAGGCAAAGAAAAAUGGUCUGGCCAAGCCAUUGCUGUCGCGUUUGUCAUUAACUUCAGCGAAAUUGAAGAACUUGUCCAUUGGCCUGAAGCAAAUUGCCGAGGAUAGUCACAAGAAUGUGGGACGUGUCCUACGUCGUACACGUUUGGCCGAGAAUUUGGAACUGAAACAGGUUACAGUGCCAAUUGGUGUGCUAUUGGUCAUCUUCGAAUCCCGUCCAGAUUCAUUGCCCCAAGUGGCUGCCUUAGCCAUGGCCUCGGCGAAUGGUCUAUUACUCAAAGGCGGCAAAGAGGCUGCUUACAGUAAUAAAGCACUCAUGGAAUUGGUUAAGGAGGCAUUGACCAGCGUUGGUGCCGAACAUGCAGUAUCCUUAGUUUCUACUCGCGAGGAAAUCAGCGAUCUGCUGUCCAUGGAAAAUCACAUUGAUCUAAUCAUACCACGCGGCUCAUCGGAAUUAGUACGUAGCAUUCAACAGCAAUCAUUGCAUAUACCUGUAUUAGGUCAUGCGGAAGGUGUGUGCCAUGUCUUUAUCGAUAAAGAUGCCGAUUUGAAAAAGGCUUUGCGUAUUGCCCGUGAUGCCAAAUGCGAUUAUCCAGCAGCCUGCAAUGCAAUGGAAACAUUACUCAUCCACGAGGAUCUAAUGAGCGGGGACAUUUUCACUGAUGUCUGCAACAUGCUUAAACGUGAGGGUGUUAAAAUCUAUGCUGGACCAAGAUUAAAUCAGCAACUAACCUUCGGACCACCGGCGGCAAAGAGUCUAAAGCAUGAAUAUGGUGCCCUAGAGUGUUGCAUUGAGAUUGUACCCAGUUUGGAGGAUGCCAUUAAUCACAUACAUACAUAUGGCAGCGGGCAUACCGAUGUCAUUGUUACCGAAAAUGAUGCCAGAGCAAAGCAAUUCCUUGGUAGCGUGGACAGUGCCUGUGUAUUCCAUAAUGCCAGUUCACGUUUUGCGGACGGUUUCCGUUUUGGCCUUGGCGCCGAGGUUGGCAUCUCAACGGUACGCAUUCAUGCCCGUGGCCCAGUUGGUGUAGAGGGUCUAUUAACCACCAAAUGGAUACUCAAUGGACAGGAUCAUGCGGCAGCUGAUUUUGCCGAAGGCGGUCAACGUACCUGGUUGCAUGAGACACUGCCAUUGGAUUGAAGCGCAAAAAAAUCCAAAGAAACAAAAAUAUGUAAUUUUAUAAUAAUAAUAAUAAUAUGUAUAUUAUUUCUUGUAAAUAAAAAUUGAAUUAAUUUUUAA